ACACCUGAUUCUGACAUAAAGAAUCCCAUCCGAAGAACCGAGGAUCAAAAAACAAUGGUCUAACCUAGUGCCGCCUAAAUCCAGUUCUUAUGUCCUGCUACUUUUAGAUGCGCCUCUUCUCCAACACACCUGAUUCAAAUGAACUGCUUCUUAGGCCUCUGCAGAGCUGAAUGACGCGUUGCUCAGGGAUUAGUAGCUCUGUUUAACUCUGGGUUAGACUGCAAGGACUCUGUAAACCCAAAAGAGGAGCAGAAGGUGGAUUUUUUUUAAUCUUUUUUCAUGGAUUUGAACUGCCUGGAACAAGCAAACCUGAAUGCAAAAGAAUGUAACCCUCAUAAGAAACUAAUUGGUUCCCCAACUGAGAAAACCCAAAAUGCUGAUAACAUUGGAAUAGAGUCCGACCCUCACUGGACAGAGUUCUCUUAUCCUUUUCCUAUGCAUUUAGACUACAUGCCACAAGAUAAAUGGAUGAUGGAGGAUCCGGAGAAACAUUCAAAUCUCUCCGUGGGAUUGUUGUGUCUUGACAACCAUCAGGAAAUGGCAGACAGAGAUGUCAGCAUGUCGUUCCCUCCGAACAGCGCUGACCUGCAGGUCCCUUCGCCAGUCAGAACCGCUGCUGGUCCUGAGUUAUGCAGCUUCAUGGCUGACGCAUGCGCUCCCUUUGGUUCUGCAAGCAGUGUACACAGCUAUCCAUGUUGCUCUGACCACUGUCCAGUCAGUGCUGCAGCACACUUACACCUCCUGGGAGAGUCCAUGUCUCUCAUUGGCAGCCAUCUUGAAGAGACUAAUAAACGCGUGUGCAUGUCUGGCAGCCUCUCUCUGUUCUUGGACUCUUUGCUGUGUGCUCUGGCUCCUCUGAUGUGCCUCACAACACAGAUACCUGAGCUGACCAGCUGCACAGAGCACACAUUGGCCUCCACUCUGGAAAACGUUGCUUAUGUGAUGCCUGGGCUUUAGAGAUGAAGGUGGAAGACUCAGUCGAUUCUUCACCAAGAUGAUCCAUGGACAAAUAUGUAAAAAAUUAUUAUUUUUAUUUUGAAAUGUGUUAAUGUAGUCAUUUAAGUUUAGUAUCAACAUUUAUUGCAUUGUUUUUGUUGUGUGAUUAAACGACUUGUCUGGGCAUGAAGUGG